CAGCAUCAAACCAACCCUCUGUUUGACCGCUAUUGAUACUAGCACUGUCGUCAACAACACGAAAACCUGGCAAAUCUAUGCGAUAGACUUUUACGGUUGGUACCUGACCGAACAUCAAAACAGGAAUCGAAUAUUUUGACAUCCACAGCUUGAUCUGAGGCGGCAAUGAGAAUAGAAGAAGACAAAUACAAACUCAGCUCGAUACAUAGUACUGCGUCUAUUCCACCGUUGUGCAGGAGGAUAUUACCUUUGCACCAUAAAAAGGGAUACAAUAGUGCCUAGGCGGUGUAUUGCUCUGACCUAUUGUUCAACGACACCGGAAAUCGAUUUAUUGAAUCAUAUCGACCAACCCUCCACCCCAGUAAUGGCACGGCCACGUGCUCAUUCCGCAGCCGAUGGGCCCAAGGAGCCCCAUGCUGUGUCCCUCAAAGUUCUACGACUCUCACGGCCUUCAUUAUCAUACCAGUAUCCUUUGGCAGUAGAGGACACUAGAAUAUCACCGAAAGCCUCCCUAGCCUAUCCAUCGAAUGAUUUUGAUAGCCAGUUUACUCUCAGCCCUAAUGUCACACUACCUCCAGCAUUUGGGUCCGCCUAUGUCGGCGAGACGUUUGCGUGCUCAUUAUGCGUCAACAACGAAUUGUCAGAAACCGACAGCAACAAGGUAGUCACAUCAAUCCGCGUUCUCGCUGAGAUGCAGACGCCGUCACAAGCGGUACCAUUAGACCUCAAACCCGCCGACGAUGACACGCGUAGAGAAGGAGGACUCGCUCCCGGCCAGUCCUUUCAGAAGAUAGUACAGUUUGACCUCAAAGAAGAAGGGAACCACAUAUUAGCCGUCAACGUCAGCUAUACAGAAACGUUAAUGUCAGAUGCCACACAUGCUGCUGGCGGGAGGGUUAGGACAUUUCGCAAACUAUAUCAAUUCAUCGCCCAGCCAUGCCUGAGUGUUCGCACCAAGUCAUCGGAGCUUCCGCCAUUAGAAAUCGACAACAAGACCUUGGGGCCUUAUGGGAAGACGCGUCUCAUUCGCUUUGCUCUAGAAGCCCAGCUCGAAAAUGUCGGGGACGGGUCCGUCGUUGUUGAGCAAACAACGUUAAACGCCAAGCCGCCUUUCAAGGCAAAGACUCUGAACUGGGACCUGGAGCGGCCCGACAAGGUCCAAAUCGAGCGGCCGACGAUGAAUCCCCGGGAUAUUUUGCAGGUGGCGUUCCUCAUCGAGCAGGAGGCUGGUCAGUCAGAGGGCCUCGAGGCUCUGCAGAAAGACCUGAAGCGAGACGGACGCACAACGCUUGGGCAGCUCUCCAUUGAAUGGCGCAGUGCAAUGGGCGACCGCGGGUUUCUUACGACAGGUAACUUGCUUACGAGAAAGCGGCAGUAAGCGCACACUUUAAUACGAGCCAGAUGAACAUUACAAGCUAUAUCAAUUAUAUAUUGAAGCACUGCCUUUGUAUAGUACAUAUGAACCUUGAGAGUAUAUACCGACCAAUUAUAUCCGCUAGGUGGAAUCCAGAGUCGACACUACGUCAGCUCUGGGGCCGACGCUCCAAUGGAGUUGCGCCGCCGGGUACCCUAACUCUAACUAUGCCUUCAUAAUACGUAUAUCAAUUGAUGUGGUCGUCACAGGAAUUAUUCAAGAAAACUGACGGGGGAAUGCUCCGGAUGUCUUGAGAAGCUG